AUGCGGCGAGGCAGGGCACCGGGGCGGCUUGGAGCGGCGGGGGCCCAUGCCGGAGAUGCCGACGGAUCUAACGAGAUGAAAUUCAGAGGCGUCAGAAAGAGGCCGUGGGGUAGAUAUGCCGCCGAAAUCAGAGACCCCUGGAAGAAGUCUCGCGUCUGGCUCGGAACCUUCGACUCUGCUGAGGCCGCCGCCCGGGCUUACGACGCCGCCGCCCGCUCUCUCCGCGGCCCCAAGGCGAAGACGAACUUCCCCCUCACCCUAAAUGCCGGCGCUUUCCCAGAUUCCAACCCUAGAAACCCUAAUCAACCGCUAAUCAACAAUAAAUCCGGCGAUCCGUUCGUCAAUUCGCGUUAUCGAACCCUGGAGCAUCAUCAGAUCGUCGCGACGCAGGGGCCCGCUUCCAGCGGGAUGAGCAGCACCGUGGAGUCCUACAGCGGGCCCCGUCAGCCGCCCCGGCCGCGGCUGGUCACGCAGCUGCAGAGGCGACACCCUCGGUCGCCGCCGGUGGACCCUAAUGACUGCCACAGCGACUGUGAUUCCUCCUCGUCCGUGGUCGACGAUACCGAUUUUGAUUUUGCCUCAUCAUCUUGUAAAAAGCCCCGACCUUUCGAUCUCAACAUGCCGCCGCCGGCGGUGGACUCCGCUUCUGACGUGGAGGAUCUCGCUUGCACAGUCCUCCGGCUCUGA